UCGCACUCUGCAGUCGCGCCCGCAUCCAAACUCCCGAGUCCUCUGUCUCUCGCGGCCUCUGCCGCUUCAGCUCACCACGCCGCCCCGCGAGCUAGCACGUCGUCCCAGCCGGACCCGUGCCCAUGGACUUCAGCGGCGAGAUCGACGACUUCAACUUGCAGUUCAUCCAUGAUCAGCUUCUCGGCGGCGAGGCCUGCCUCCCCGUCGUUAACGUUCCUGGCGCCGCGGCGUACUCUGCGCCGCCGUCGGUUCACCCCGCCGCGCAGGCGGCGUUCCAGCAUCCCGCGGCGUUCGUGCCGCCGCCGCCGCAGCAGCAGCAGCAGGCGGCUGCGUACGUCGACCUGACAAACGAGUACGCGGACGCCGCCGCCGGGGCGGCCUUCCGGGCGGAGCCGGUGAUGAUUCGGUUCGGGGGAGAGCCUUCGCCGGUGUCCGACCCCGACCGGAGGCCGCUGCUCACGAUCUCCCUGCCCCCGACCUCGCACGCCUGGGGGCCCGCGGCGGGCGCGCCGCUGGCGGCGGCGGCGGCGGCCCUGGACGCGAACGACUUCCGCAAGUACCGCGGCGUGCGGCAGCGGCCGUGGGGCAAGUUCGCGGCGGAGAUCCGCGACCCCAAGAAGCGCGGCUCCCGCGUGUGGCUCGGCACCUACGACACCGCCAUCGAGGCCGCGCGGGCGUACGACCGCGCCGCGUUCCGCAUGCGCGGCGCCAAGGCCAUCCUCAACUUCCCCAACGAGGUCGGCUCCCGCGGCGCGGACUUCCUCGCGCCGCCGCCGCCGCCGCAGACGUCGUCCCAGAACAAGCGGAAGCUGGCACACGACGCCGCCGCCGAGGCCGAGCUAGCAGCAGCGAAGUCCGUCAAGGCCGAGGCGUUCGGGUCCCCGGCGUCGUCCCUCACAUCGUCGCUGUCGCCCGCGACAACCACGGCCUCGACCGUGACGGCGACGUCCUCGCCGUCGUCGGAGGCCGGAGCGGCCGAGAUGUUCCUCCCGUUCCCGAUGACGCCGUCGACGUCGAGCUGGACGUGGGAGCAGAUGUUCGGCAGCCUGUCGCCGCUCUCGCCGCACCCGCAGCUGGGCUUCCCGGAGGUCACCGUUAAUUAAGCGGUUGUCGGCCAUAUGAUUAGGUGUAAAGGCGUUAAUAAUAAUUAUUAGCGGUUUUUAGUUAUGGACGGCCUUGGCUUUGGACUCAUCUCGAGGAUUUGGCGUAUAGCUUGGAGCUGCAUGUGUGUUUGUGUGUGCGUGUGUGUACAGAAUGAAAGGGGAGAGGUGAUAGAAUAUUAUAGUAUAUAUAUAUAAGAUUAGUGCAAUGUGGGUCGGUGAAAUAAUAUCGACAUAGAUCAAUAGACAAUAGAUGUGGAAAUAUGAGGAGUAAUAAUAUUAGAAAUGAUAGAAGAAUGAGGUGUCUUAUGUGAUUUGUACAUUAAGUAAAGAAGAGUGUCCUGCCUGCUUU